UAGAUAGAAUGAUAAUAAUACUCGUUUACAAGUGUAACAAAAGGAAAUCAACAGUAAGAAUUAUUUUCACAAAACGUUCAAUAAUUAUAGAUUCUAGUCGAAAAGCUACCGUUUGUUUCACCCGUUAAACAUCUUUCUUCACGUAAAAAAUAUAUACUACAGUGAUAGAAUAUAUACUGACAUGCAAAAUGUACGUAUCGAAAUUCAUCGUAAGGUUUUAAAUAUGAGUAUUCCAAUGCUGAGAUGUGGUGCAAUUUGGCCUUGCGUACCAUCGACUGGAACUAUUUUAAAAAUUUUAAAUUCCUUUUAUAUGCUAUUAAAUUUUUCAUUGCUAAUUUUCUACUUGAUAACAUUGUGUACUGAUUUAUAUUACAAUUAUACAGAUAUGAAUGUUUGCGGUAAUGAUGGAUGCUAUUUUCUUGGCACAGUUAUGAUUAUGUUCAAAGGAUACAAAUUUCGAACAAUGUAUGACAAAAUUUUGAAGCUAAUUGAUGACGUUUAUGGUCCAAUAGACACUUUGAUACGAACAUCUGAUCGAGGAAUAAUAAUGAACAUUAAACACAGUCUUUUUUUUGAAAACUUACAUUUUUAUGCAUUUUUGAUUUCAUGUCUAUCGCUGAGUUUUACAAUAAUAGUAUUGACACCUCGUGAAAAAGGUGAAUUGCCAAUAAGAGCAGUUUACCCGUUUAACUCAACAAUAUCACCAUAUAAUGAAAUGGCUUUAUUUUAUCAAGCUUACUGUGUAUUAUACUGUCUUCUUGUUAUUAUAGCACUUGAUAUGACAACAAUAGCAUUCAUAAGAUGGUCGACGAUACAAAUGAAAGCAUUGACGGCUAACUACAAAAAUUGUGAUGCAAAAUCCAUAAAACGUGCGACUCUAAUUUCACCAUCAGAAACAUUGAAAAUAAUAAAUGAAAUCAACCCAUGGAAAAUAACCGAUGAAGACUUAGAAAUACGGACAUUUUUGCCGUUUGAACAAAGUGAAGCUGAUGAUACCGAAGAUAGUUUUGUCUGGCGUUUCAGAACCUGCAUUAAAAAUCAUCAGAGACUUUUACAACUUAUGAUCAGUGUCAAUGCUACACUGAGUCCAUUUUUGCUGGUGCAAUUUUCAACAAGUACACUAAUAAUAUGUAUGAGUGGUUUCCAAUGGAUUUCAAAUACAGGUAGCCACGGAAAUUUGAUUAAAUAUACUGUAUUUUUGGAAAUAUGCUUUGCUGAAUUACUUUUCUGGUGUUAUUAUGGUGAUGAAUUCAAUUAUUCCGCGGAUGCUAUAACGUACAGCCAAUGGAUGUCGGGUUGGGAGAAUGCAUUCAACAAGAAGAGUAUUUAUAAAAUGAGUAAUCUAAUGACCAUUCCAAUGAAUCAAUCCAUAAGACGUUUGGAAAUAAAAGCGUUUGGAAUGUUUUCGUUAUCUAUGCCAACAUUUCUUUCAGUUGUCAAAAGCUCGUAUUCGGUUUUAGUAUUGAUGACAACUGCCAAUUCAGAUGAAUAAUUUUUUUUGUUUCGAAAAUUUUCAUAAUGGUCCUCUGUGUAAAAUCAUUAGAAUAAUUAAGUGAUUUUAAGUUAACAAUUUAAAUUAAAAAUAAU